CAUAUACACCACACGCGCGCGCCCACAUAACACACCACACACACCACAGGGGAACUACUAAAUGCAAGCAGCGCACUGGCACUUUAAAAUCCGGUUCGCAACAUAAUUGAGUCGUUCGAUUUAUAACGACGUCAGGUACAGAGUGAAUCGGAUCACCUGUCAAUUAUCCGCAUACCAAGCAACACAAAUGCUUAUGGAUCGUUAUUCAUAGCUGGAUCUUAAGCGAAAUUGGCUGAAAUAAUUGGAGAUACGCUACAGUUAUUAUCGCGCACCUGAUGCGCACGUAUCUUGCGUAAGCUGUUUCGUUCAGCGGAUUGUGAAAUGGAGAGUAUAUUUCACGAGAAGCAAGAAGGAUACCUAUGUGCACAACAUUGUCUGAAUGCGCUUCUGCAAGGCCCGUAUUUUAAUGCCGUAGAUUUGGCAAAUUUUGGACACCAGAUGGACGAAGAAGAGAGGAUAAGGAUGGCUGAAUCGGGCGUCGACAGCGAGGAUUACAAACUCUUCCUGGAGCAACCAUCGGGAAACAUGGAUGACAGUGGAUACUUUUCAGUUCAAGUUAUUAGCAGUGCUUUGAAAGUUUGGGGUUUAGAACUGAUUCCAUAUAACAGCACGGAACCAACAGCUUUACUGGCACAGCAUGAUCCUUCGCGGAUGAAAGCAUAUAUCUGUAAUUAUAGAGGACAUUGGUUUACAAUACGAAAAAUCGGAAAUCAAUGGUUUAAUCUAAAUUCAAUGCUCAAUGGUCCACAACUUAUAUCAAAUACUUAUCUUGCAAUGUAUCUAGCUCAAUUGAUUCAAGAAGGUUAUUCUAUCUUUAUUGUUAAUGGUACCUUUCCACAAUGUCCUGCUGAGGAUGUACUUCUGAAAAAUCCCAUAGUAGCGACGACGCAAAGAAGUGAUGAAAAAUCAGAAUCAAAAACCACACCUAAAGGUUAUCGCUUAGGUACCAAGGCUGAAGAUGACAUUAUGAAAGCUGCGCUCGCAAUGAGCGAAAUUGAGAUUCCACAGUCAUCUUGCACAACUAGAAGCUCCUUGUUUUCGCAGCAACCUGAAAUGCCCACAGAAUUUCACGAAAGGAUAGUUCCCAUAAGAGUCGAGAGCCUGGCGGAAGAGGAGGAGGAGGAAGCGACGGAUGACGAAGAUGACGAUAAUUCGCAGUUAGCAAAGGCUGUGGAGUUGAGUUUGCAAGAUCCCAUGAAUGAUACGGACAAAACUCUAAAAUUAAGGUUGGAUCUUACUGAUGGUAAGAUGUUGACGCAUUUAACGAACUCUGUGGAUGAUGUGGACGAAGAAGAUGAACUUAGAAAGGCGCUACAAUUGAGCCUGGAGUGCGUGACCGCCCCACCGACACCUGAUCCGGAGGAUCUACGAUGGCGUCGGUUGAAUCACUUUAGCAUGUAUACAAACAGGGCAUCGAACGGCGAGCCCCCCGCGAAUUUAAACACCUAACAAUAAGCACAAAUUGCUUACACAAAUGGCAGACCUCCAUAUACUGUACUAGACCACUAACAGCAAUACUUGAGAAACUUAGCAGGAUCAUUUCACAUAUACUUGAUUCCAUACUUUAUUACAGUAAACUACAACAAUUACGUGAUAUAAAUACAAGAUUCUUAUACAUGCUACUCUAUUUUAAUGAAAUAAUAGUGGAAUAUCCGAUUAAGACUUACGAGUAUGUAUUAGGACUUACUUCCAAUUUCUAUCUAUCUGAUCUAUAUAAGUUCAAUGCCAGAAUACCACUGUAUUUUGGGAGGCCAAGAAAGAAGACUACAAUA